UCACGUUUCUUCAUUUCUCUUCAACAACUCGCUCAGAAGGAUCCAGACACAGAGACGGGAGGACCUGGAGAACCUGGACUCUUUAUUUCUUCGCCGACUGAAGACGUGUCCGAGGGAGCAGAUGAGCUGCAGGAUGCUGCUGCUGCUCUUCAUCCCGCUGCUCUUCAUCCUCCCCUCCUGUGUCUGCGGACCCUUCGUAGUGAACGUGACACAGAGCUCCUAUCAGGCAGAGGAGAACCACAGCGUCACACUGGAAUGGACCUUCACCACCAACACUGAGCGCCCCUCCGACUCCCCGGAUGUCUUCUGUAAACUGUUUACUGAUAUCAGGCCCUUCAACAUGUUGUAUGUACUUAAAGGAGUCCAGAUCCCAGACACUCAGGAUGAACGCUUUGCAGGACGAGUCCAGUGGGACCAAGACCUCCUCAGAGGAGGACGAGUCAGACUUCAUGUGUCCAGACUCAGGACUUCUGACUCGGGUCAGUACGCGUGUGGCGUGUUGACAAGUUAUGGGAUGAACUCUGAGACGUGUUGGCUCAAUGUCUCUGCAGUGAGGGAUCGACCCGAGACAAACGGACCAGAUGGGGGAAGAGAUUCCUCAGGGACAGAAAGUCGCCCACAGCCAGAGAGUCGGGGACGGAUCGUCCUCUACUGUGUACUGAUGACAGCUCUUCUGGUUCUUCUGGUUCUUCUCCUCAGUGGACUGAUAAGAAGUCCUACUCAUGAGAGAGGAGUCCUCUGUGCAGCCAUCAAGGAGCUGAAGUUCCUAAAGAGAGAACCCAAGAGGACUGACAGGCCUCUGCCUGGAGGACCCCCUUUAGAACAAGUCCUCAGUGAAGAGGGACUCCCUUCAAGAUCCUCAGUCAGAGAUGUUUCAGUGAGGGAGAAUUCAGCCAAUCUUCUUCUUGAAAGAUGUUGACCUGCUGCUGGAGGCCAGUCCAUCCAGGGCACAUCUUGAGACAGACACUAUUCACACUCACAUUCACACAUAUGGGCAAUUUAGAGUUCAAUUAACCUGAGCAUGUCUUUGGACUGUGGGAGGAAGCCGGAGAAAAUCCCUGAUUGAAAGAUGUUGACAUGCUGCUGUCCAUGAAAAACAUGGUAUAACAAGUGAUGUACCAAAACUAUGAUACAUCAUUUACGUAAUGUAUUUCUUUCUACUGACAUUUUAUUUAUAUAUUUUUUAUUUUCAAGUGUUACUGUUUUGUAAUGUUCAAAUCAAACUGAAAAGUCUUGUUUCAUUGUUGCUGAAGGUGUUUGGGGGCGGCUGUAGCUCAGUGGGGUAAGAGGGUCGUCCUGCAUCCCAAGGUUGUCGGUUCGAUCCCGGCUCUCCAUUAGUUGCAAGUCGAAGUGUCCUUGAGCAAGGCACUGAACCCCCAGCUGCUUCCCGGGCGCAUCACUGCAGCCCACAGGGCCAGCAUGCAUCAGGGUGGCUGAUGGUUUUUUACCACAGCACGGAGAGGAAAUGUCAACAUUUUGUUUGUUCCUUUUUUUGUUGGUUUAAAUAAAUUCUCAGAAUACUAACA